AUGGCCAUGGAAACUGCCCAGGAGCCAGAUUUGGCAUUUGAGAAGCUUCGCCUCUUAGGUGAUUACCAACACAACUGUGACGUGUUGGACCUGGGUGAGGGAGAAUUAAUCGUGGUGCGAAUGCCAAAAGAAGUAGAAGAAGGGAUUGCGGCUAACUUCUUGCCUUGCCCUAGUUGUAUGGGUUUUUUCAUGGCGUCAGAGCUCUAGAGGCACCAACAAAAUUGUCCCCAUCGGUCCCAAUAGACCCCCCCAAAAUGGUCGACGGUACAGCAAGAAGCUAAGCUUCUAUUACCAACAACAGUAUUACUGCCCACCAAAGAUGUGAAAAAGAGCUUCCAUUACAUCGUCCUUUCCUCUAUGAAAAACGACGAAAUAUCAGCCAUUGCCAGAAAAGACGCCCUAAUUGUUAACUUUUGCAACGCUAUCUUUGAAAAAGUCGGGACAAAAAACAUAAAUUAUGUUUCCCAAAGAAUGUGCCAGUUAGCCAGGCUUCUCCAAACAUUACGGAAAGAAAACGAGGCUACCACUUUCGACGACUUCAUAGACACUGCACAAUUUGACGAGCUAGUUGCUGCAGUGAAUGAUCUGUGUGGAUUCAAGGAAGAAUCUCGGUUGGACAUAGAUGUCCCCUCCGUCGCCUUAAAGCUUGGCCACAGCAUAAAACAGUGUGCGCAAGUUCUUAAAUCAUCAGCUCUGAGGAAAAAAGAUGAGGCAGCGAUAAGAGAAUGCCAGAACCUCAUUGGGGGUCAAAGAAGCAAAACAAAGCAGAAAUUCUGCUACUAG